AUGGAAGUUGAUCCAGAACUUUCGAUUGGAAGACAAGCUUCCAGAGUAUCCCGGGGAGACCAACAUGAUGAACAGGAAUUGGCAGAGUUUGGAUACAAACAGGAGUUGAGGAGAGAUUGGGGUCUUAUGCACAACUUUGGGAUUUCUUUCAGUAUCAUUUCCGUCAUCACUGGGAUAACGACACUGUUUUCGUAUGGCUUGAUCACCGGUGGUCCUGGAGUCAUGUCUGUUGGAUGGAUAAUUGUAUCCGUAUUUACUUUCAUGAUCGCUUUGAGCAUGGCAGAAAUUGUCUCUGCUAUACCCACAGCUGGUGGACCGUAUUAUUGGGCAGCCCUUCUUGCGCCGAGGAAUCAUUCGGCUUUUGCGAGUUGGAUUACUGGUUGGUUCAACUUCCUCGGUCAAGUUGCCGUCACUACAGGUAUUAGUUUCGGCCUCGCGGGUCUCAUCUCAACAACUGCGACAAUUAAAUCAUCAUAUGUUCCAAGUGCCCCAAGAACAAUCGGUAUAUAUGCAGCUGUCCUCGUUUCUCAUGGCAUCGUCAAUACCUUUGGUGUUCACGUAUUGAGAUACCUAAACAACACAUCCAUCGCACUUCACUCAUUGGGCGUAACUGCAAUAGCUAUUGCUGUUCUGGCCAAAGCCCCUACACAUCAAAGCGCGAAGUUUGUUUUCGCCAAAUUCUACGACGGAACAGGUGUAGAUCCGAGUCCUGGAUGGAGUGUUAGAGCAUCUCCAGCAUAUGUGGCUUGCUGUGGUGUUCUCAUGGCCCAAUACACGCUCACUGGGUUUGACGCAUCAGCCCACUUAUCUGAAGAGACUCGAAAUGCGUCUUGGAGUGCACCCAUCGGUGUUAUUUCUUCUGUUGGGUUCUCUGCCCUUUUCGGAUUCUUCGUUAUAUUGAGCUUCUUAUUCAGUAUUCAAGACUUUGAUAACACAGUUGCAAGUGAUUAUGGUCAACCGGUUAUUCAAAUUUUCGUUGAUAUAUUCGGAACCGAUGGAGCGGUUGUGUUAAUGUGUCUGAUUAUGAUUUGUGUCUGGCAUUGUGGGCUCUUUUCGAUGACUUCAAACUCAAGAAUGAUGUUUGCGUUUGCUAGAGACGGUGGAAUUCCGGAAUUUUUUCACAAGGUCGAUGAUCGUUUUCAAUCUCCUAUUCGAACAGUUUGGCUCGCAGCAACUCUUGCUUUCUGCCUAGCACUCCCAUCUCUUGGCUCCAGUGUAGCUUUUGCUGCCGCGACUAGUAUAGCUACCAUUGGUCUGUACAUAUCAUACGGAACCCCUAUCCUCAUCGGUCUCAUCUAUUCGAAGGAGUUCAACGCUAGGAAGGGCCCAUUCAAUCUUGGAAUCUUCUCAAGGCCGGUCGCUUUCAUUUCUGUAUCCUGGAUAGGGUUUAUUACAGUGAUCUUUUGUCUCCCUACGACCAAUCCGGUAACAAGCCAAACUGUAAACUACACCGUAGUGGCCGUGGGAAUUAUUGCUAUCGGGGCCUGUGGAGCGUGGUUGGUUUGGGCUAGGAAAUGGUUUGUGGGGCCUAUGGUCGAGAUCGAGGCUGCUGCACGCUUGGGUAUAAAUCCUGAAGAACCUGGCGCUUUGGAGAGAGCGGAAAUCGAUGGUAAGAUUGAUUUACAUAGCGGCGUGAAGAGCUCAGAUUAG